AUGAAAAUUUGUAAUGAUUUAUAUUUACUUCUGUUUGUGUGUUUCAGUUCUUUGAAUGCUAUGACACAAUCUUGUGAAGUUUUAGCUAUGAUGGAUGCACAUACUACGACAUUUGGUCGCAAGCGCGGUUGCACGAUUUCAAAAUGUGGAGCAUUUUUAAUAACAAUAUUUUUCAUAUUUGGUAUUGUUGCGACAGGAUUAUUAGUUUACCAUUUCGCACCUUGUCUUGAUGGUAAAUCUGUCAAAAAUACUGAUGAUUUUGGGGAUGGUGCCUUUUUAAAUUCUGCAAGAACAUUUGCCACAGUCGAAGCGCAUAAAAAAAAGAUUAAUGUUCGUUUACCAAAAUCUGUGAUUCCUGACACUUAUGAAAUAAAAUUAAUGCCAUUUAUUUGGGAAGGAAAUUUCACAUUUAAUGGCGAGGUAACUAUUUAUGUGAAUGUUACAAUGGAUACUAAAAAUAUCACUCUCCAUGCAACAGAUAUGAAAAUACAUUAUCAAUCAACGACAUUAAAGGAAUAUAAUUUUAAUCCAAAUACAAAUAGCAAGAAUAUAGGAAAAUGGAUUAAAAUAUUUGACCAAACAAAUGACACUGCCAGACAAUUUCACAUUAUCCACAGUAGUGAGACUUUAAAAGCUGGAAUGCAAUACAUAAUAAAAUUAAAAUUCGUUGGUUAUCUGAAUGAUUAUCUCCAGGGUUUUUACCGGAGUUCCUACACUGAAGGAAAUAAAACUAGAUGGAUUGCAACUACACAAUUUCAAGCAACUGAUGCUCGUCGUGCUUUUCCGUGUUUCGAUGAACCAUCAUUGAAGGCUAAAUUUCAAAUAAGUAUUGCGCGACCUUCACACAUGGUUUCUGUGUCGAAUAUGCCGCGCAUCAGUAAACCUGAACCAGCACGUGAAAUGGCGACAUAUGUAUGGGAUCAUUAUGAAAAGUCAGUACCAAUGUCAACUUAUUUGGUUGCUUUUUUAGUUACUGAUUUUGAUGUACUAAAGACCUCUGAUAAUUUUUUUGGUGUUUGGGCACGUAAAGAAGCUAUAGAACAAGCACGUUACACUUUAGAUGUAGGGCCAAAAAUACUUAAGUAUUAUGAAGAUUAUUUUAAAAUAAAAUUUCCACUUCCAAAAAUAGAUAUGGUUGCAAUACCAGAUUUUGCGGCUGGCGCUAUGGAAAAUUGGGGCUUAGUUACUUAUAGAGAAACAGCAAUGUUGUUUCAAGAUGGCAUAUCAACCAGUAAUAGUCAACAACGUGUAGCUACUGUAAUAGCUCAUGAAUUAGCUCAUCAGUGGUUUGGUAAUUUAGUAACACCCAGUUGGUGGUCAGAUCUUUGGUUGAAUGAAGGAUUUGCUAGUUAUGUGGAGUAUAUUGGCGUUGAUUCUGUUGAGCCGGAUUGGAAAAUACUUGAGCAAUUUGUAACUUACGAAGUACAAAAUGUAUUUAAUCUAGACGCAUUAGCAUCAUCACACCCAAUAUCUAUUGAAGUAGGACAUCCAGAUGAAAUAAGCGAAAUAUUUGAUCGUAUUUCUUACGGUAAAGGAGCUUCAAUAAUUCGGAUGAUGGAUCAUUUCUUAACAACAAAUGUAUUUAAGCAAGGAUUAACUAAUUAUUUGAUAGAAAAAGCAUACGGUAAUUCUGAACAAAAUGAUCUUUGGAAUGCAUUAACAGAUGAAGCACAUAAAAAUAAUGUGUUACCAUCGGAGGUUACAGUUAAAAGAAUCAUGGAUACUUGGACUCUUCAAACAGGUUUUCCAGUUGUUACUGUUAUUCGUGACUAUAAAUCCGGUGGUGCUUAUUUAACUCAAGAACGAUUUAUGCUUCAAAAUAGUACAACUACAGUUACAAUGGUAGGUACAAAUGAAGAAAUAAAAGAUGAAAAUGAAAAAGAAGCUUUAUGGUGGAUACCAAUAACGUAUACUACUGAAGCUAUCAAAAAUUUUAAUAGUACGAAACCAUCAAACUGGAUGAAUGCUAAAUAUUCAUUGACGCUACAAAAUAUUGAUGCAUCUAAUAAUCAAUGGAUUAUAUUUAAUAUAUUAGAAACCGGAUUUUAUCGUGUUAAUUAUGAUAAAAGAAAUUGGCAAUUAAUUAUAACACAGUUAAAUGAUCGUGAGAAUUAUAAAGAUAUUGCAACAAUAAAUCGCGGACAGUUAAUUGAUGAUGCGCUUAAUUUAGCACGUGCUGGUAGAAUUGAUUAUUCAACGGCUCUUGAUGUCACUACAUAUUUAAGGCAUGAAACAGAAUACAUUCCAUGGAAAUCAGCUUUGACAGCUCUAAAUUACAUAGACAAUAUGUUAAAUAAAUACCAAGGUUAUGACAGAUUUAGAGUCUACAUUGUUAGACUUUUAGAUAAUGUUUAUCGCAAAAUAGGUUUUAAGGAUAUGCCUGGGGAUCCACAACUAACUGUUUUUACUCGUAUUGAUAUUCUUUUAUGGGCUUGUACAUUUGGUCAUGAUGACUGUGUUCGUAAUGCCGUUAUGCAAUUUCAAAAUUGGCGUAAUUCACCUGAUCCAGAUGCAAAUAAUCCUAUUUCACCAAAUUUAAAAAGUGUUGUUUACUGUACAGCUAUUAAAACAGGUGGACAAGCUGAAUGGGACUUUGCAUGGGAACGUUAUAGAAAAACAAAUGUUGGAUCUGAAAAAGAUAUACUCAUGUAUGCACUUGGUUGUGCUAGAGAACCAUGGAUAUUGAGUCGGUAUCUUGAAUGGGCAACAACAGAAAAUUCUGGAAUUAGAAAGCAAGAUACAUCACGUGUAUUUAGUGCUGUUGCUAAUAAUCCUAUUGGUCAACCACUGGUUUUUAGUUUUCUGCGAAAUCAAUGGGCUCGCUUAAAAAAAUUGUAAGUUAUUUUCUUCCAUCUUAAUGAAUACUAAUUAUGAUUAUUAUUACACUUGUGUUUUGUUAAAUUUUAUUUUAGCUACAACACAGAUAGGAAGGAUAUCUUGAUUCAAGUGAAAAACUCUCUUCCUUGCUUUUCUCUUGAACCAAAAACAAAAUCCGUACUUGAUGAAAAAAAAAAUUUAUAUUUGUUAUAAAUAAUGCUGUGAAGCGGGAAAGAAUAG